AUGGAUCUCUAUAACAGAAUAACUGAUCCGAGGCACCAUCUUAACAAUUUCAAAAGCCAGAUGUACUUGGCCGACGCCUCUGACGCUACUCAUUGCAAAGCCCUCCCGACAACUCUGACCAAAUCCGUGAUGAAAUGGCUUGAUAAUUUACCCCCCAGGUCGGUAACUGGUUUUGAUGACCUGGCAAGGAAGUUUCUUACUAGAUUCUCAAUUCAGAAGAAUAAGGUAAAGCAUGCCCCGAGCUUACUAGAAGUUAAACAAGAAGUCAGAGCGAAGCUCCGAGAUUACAUGGAAAGAUUCAACAAAGCAUGCUUGGAGAUUCAAAACCUACCUACUGAAACAGUGAUAAUGGGAUUAGUUAAUUGCCUUAAGAAGGACCGUUCUCUAAAUCCAUAUCCAAGCGAAACCCGACUUCCUUGUACGAAGUACAAGAAUGGGCAGAAAAAAUACGUCAACAUGGAGGUGAAUUCUCAACUUAGUGAGCCUCUUUCGAGAUUCGGCCUGCCCUACCGACCUCGGAAAAAGGAGAAAGAAGCUAAGAAAAAAGAGGAGUAUAACUCAGAAAAGCCUCGAAGGUAUCAUAAUUACACCUCACUCCGAGUUUCUCUUGUAGACGUUUACAGGGAGAUAUGUCACACCGAGAAACUUCCACCUCCUCGACCAAUCAAACACAAAAAAACUAGAAGUCGGGUGGAAUACUCUGAGUACCAUAAGCUUUACGGGCAUUCUACCAAUGACUGUUAUUAUUUAAAAAAUGUCAUUGAAAAGUUGGCCAGAGAAGGCUAA